UUGCGCUCCUUGUAAACACGCAUCCUCAUUACCAACUGAAUGGAUGAUGAGCUGUCAGGCAUGUCAAUUUCCUUUAAUGUUCUCAGCUACUUGUUAAACAUGAAAGGGGGUGGGUGAGAGUAGCCUAUAUAAGACACCCCUAAUCUCCUACAAGAGGAAUUUGUCAUUAACCGGCCGAAAACAUGCGCUCAUUGGGACUUGUUGCUUUUGCGCUGCACACAUCUCUGCUGGUGCUGCUGGCUCAGGGGAUUCAGAGAAAGAAAGAUGGAGUUGAGGAUAUGGAUAUGAGGUCUGGAUAUGAGCGUUUUUCCGUCAUGGAUCGAUCCACCGGGUACCACCUGCCAACCUACAUGAUGCACCUCUACAGGAAUUUCAAGUCCAACUUUUCCAGGCCGAUGGAUAUUAUGGAGCAGGACGCAGCAAAGCAAGCAGACACGGUGAAGAGUGUGGUGGCUAAAAGUUUGACGCACAGACAGAGGCGCUGGGUUGCGACCUUUGACCUCCAUGCGUUGCUGGCUGACAAACAGAUCCAAGCAGCAGAGCUGAGAAUCAGACUUCCUGGGACAGCGAGUGCUUCCAACAUCACCGUGGAGGUCUAUCACCAGCACAGCCAGGCGUGCCAUACACAUGCAGGCUGCCAGGAACAGCAGCUGGUGGGCCUGCUCACUGAAUCAUCACUGGUCACUUCAUCGCAGAGCUGGAAAGUGUUCAACAUGACAAGUCCUCUCUUGAGCUGGCUCGGGCAAAAAUCGACAGCGAGAAAUCGACACAAAACAGUGUCAAGAAGACGGAAAGCGGUAAAGACAAAGAGGGGCCUGUUGCUUCCUGAUCAGCCUGUCUAUGUGGCGAGAAGAGAGCAGGAUGUGAGUGACCGGGCCUUGUUGGUCAUCUUCUCACACACUGGCUCUGAUGAAAACUCAAAGGCCAAGGCGAGCUUACUACAUACAGCUGAACAAUCCAAGUUCUUGUCCCCUGCUGAAAUCAAAAAGGCCCGAUGGCCAAAGAGGCGCAGGAGCAAACGGGGCCAGAGAGAACAAACAAUGAGAAGCCCACAGGCGUCCAAAAGAGGGAGUGAAAAAUCUCUCUGUCGCAGAGUCGACCUGCAUGUAGACUUUAAUCAAAUAGGCUGGGGGUCCUGGAUCAUCUUUCCUAAAAGAUAUAACGCUUACCGCUGUGAGGGUUCCUGCCCCGGACCCCUGGGAGAAGACCUAAAUCCAACAAAUCAUGCUUACAUGCAGAGUUUACUGAAACAUUAUCACCCUGACAGAGUGGCAUCGCCCUGCUGUGCCCCGACCAAGAUGAGCCCAUUAAGCAUGCUGUAUUACGAGAAUGGAGAAAUGCUCCUUCGGCAUCAUGAAGACAUGAUUGUGGAUGAAUGUGGCUGCCAGUGACGGCUACAACGACCUCCAACCAUGACCAUUGUUGCUGAGCGGUGAAGACACUGUGGAGAAGAAGAUACCAAUGUCUGAAAAUAACCAAAACACUUAGCUAGAAGGAAGAAAGCUCUUUGAUAUUUGCCACGUGCACUGUAAGAUUGUAGCCAGUCUAUGUGCAGAGAUUUGAAUUUGUGAUGUGAUGUGCUGAAAUACAAACUCAACAACAGCAUCCAGCCUUCCAGCUGUGUGCAUGUUGUCACAAUCUAAUGUAUAGCUUUAUUCCCCUCAUCGAUUUCAUCAAUGUAAACAUGAAAUGGCAACGUUGUUGAAUAUUC